AUGCAUCCAUGGACACAGUGGAGGAAAAAGAGGAGGAGGAGGAAAGGCAAAGGCCAAGGCGAUAAGCCGGUGUGGGAAAGCGCAGGGAACGGGAUGGCAACCAUACGGGACGGUAAGAUAACGGGCCAUGGUAACGAAGGGCAGGUGGCCCCGGAUCCUCCCGGCGCUGUCCAGAGCGGGCCUGAGGAGAGCCGACCAAUCAAGGGGGAUGCGCAGGAACAUGGGACUGCUUUCGUCGGAACUUUUACAGCAUCGUCCCUGAUCUCAACCCGGUUCCCUCUUCAUCUCCAGGUUCUUGCUCGUCUCGACCGUCGCGCCUCCUUAUCAACCCUCCUGCUAUGCGCCUUAUUGUGGGACAUUAGCCACCCUCAGGCCCCAAUAAUCAGACCCUCGCCCCUUCUCGACCGCUCCUCGAUUGCAAUCAUGGCUUUCAUGAACUCCACCUCCAGCAUUGCCAUGGCCCUUGCUGGCAAGACGGCCUCGGUCGAUAUCCCCAAGCCUCGUGCCGGUUUCCCCUUGGGCGCCUGCGAUUCCGCCCGCCCUGGACUCCCGGCCAUGUUGCCGACUCCGCCCAACUCCAUAUCCCCCACUCUGCCUCCGCAGGCGUUCAGACGACAGGACGCUAGUCAUCCUGAAUACUCCCCGCUUGCCUCUUCGCAUGUGGAGUCCGACGUCGACCUGGGAGAUCUCGCGGAUCAUGCGGAUCAUGCGGAUCACCCGAACGGCGCCCCUGCCGCCCAUGACCUGGAUAGCACCGGGGCUAUCACGCCAGGCAUGCUGGCCAAACACCAUCUUCCGGAGGUCAUGCUCCAGCAUGGUCCUCUGGCGAUUCGCCACCUCAUGGGCUAUCUGACAACCUCCGUCCCCGGCUUCUCGGGGAUCCCCCCUGCCAGGGCGCGCAGGUUGGUCGUGGCUGCGCUGGAGGGUCGAGGGAGCGACGAUAAGAGUGGCAGUCGCCUAGGCGACGUCGUCUUCGAGAAAGUCGGUUGGGGUCGUUGGGAUGCUCGUCGUCGCGGGGAGCCUUCGCGGGAUGCGCCACAGCAUCUCAACGUGUCGCCACCCUCCAGCAUCUCCAACUCCUUCCCUCAGCGAGGUGUGCAAAUCCCCACCAAGCGAGCGAGCGUACAGCCCUACGGCAGUAGCGUGACGGGUGAUUCCGCGGUCUUCUCGUACUCAGAGGACUAUGGUGGGCGUGAUAUCAGUAUGCUGGAACACGAGGCAGACAAAAUGUCCCUCGAUGGGAAUGAGCGCGAGUAUUGCUCGUCGUCCGAGGCCCCGGAUGACGAGAUGCAGGAUGACGAGAUGGGCGAAGAAGAUGUCACGGAUGAGGAAGACUGGGCGCAGAUAGGCGCUGCGGCGCUACGAGCGCGAUCUCUGAACGCCACGGGUGGCUUUGUACAUGGGGCACUUAACUCACCACAGCUUCGUGGCGGAGGCCCCGCUCCAUCCUCGCUGGCAAAAUCGGCGCCGCGCCGAAUGCCCGUUCAACAACGUGGGUUUACCCUCCCGGAAGGCGUCAUGGGCGACCGGGAGGAGCGUGCCGCGGUUGAGGCUCUCUUACGACUUGGUUCAAUGUGA